AUGCUGUCCCAGCUCACCACCUCGGUCUCGCAGACCACAUCUCCUCUGAUUCGAUAUGGAUCUAUUUCUACCUCUACCAAUCUACUCCGAGUAUCGAAUCGUAGUUGGCACAAUGCACAAGGGUUAUUGUCAAACCAAGGUCCGCACAAUCAAACACGAGCAUUUCGAAUGGGUUAUUGGUCUUCAUACCUUGAUGGAGUUGAAAAAGAGCUCAAUCGCCGUCAUCGACUCUCAAAACAGAAAUAUGUCGAGGCCAAAAGCUUUAAGCGUGAUGAGCGUGUUCCGGAUUACAAACGUGCCAUGCAUAACUUCAUGCGCAGCAAAACAAUUUAUUUUUCUCCUGCCCGCUCCAAGUACACAUUCAAAGCCGAUGUUGAAGGUACGGAUGGUGGUGUGGAAUCAAUCCGAUUAUCGCAAGCUGACGAAGCAUACUGGAGAAACCUGAAGUCCAAAAACCAGUUGGACAAUGAAUUCGAGCUGGAAAAUGAGAACUACCAGAUAGACCCGAUCACAAAUCGAAAGGUGUUCAAGAAUGAAAAAGCUGUACACAUUCCAGUAACGAAAUUUAAGGGAUAUCGUCAGCGAUUUCAAAAUUUAGUCCCGCCAGAUGAUGCCACUCAAGCUGAUAUUGAUGCCUAUAACAAACCAUUCAUGUACAAUGAACCUGAUGGGAAAUUCCCAGAGCAACCUGACUCUGUACGAGAAUCUCUGAAAGAAUACGAGAGUAAAGGAUACAAGGCAUUUUUUCAUAACGAACCGGACGGACAACCGUCACAAAAGGCCGAUCCCGUACAAGAAGGACUCAAAGAUUAUGACAGCUGUACAUCUUAUAACGCUUUUCGAUAUAGAGAGCCUGAUGGAAAGCUGCCAGAGCAACCAGAUUGUGUCCAGGAAUCAUUGAAAGAUUACGAUUCACACACAACUUAUGGGUUCUUCCGUCACAACGAGCCCGAUGGAAAGUUGCCCGAACAGCCAGAUGCGGUUCGAGAGGGUUUGAAAGAUUAUGAUGCCGAUACCUCUUACGGAUCGUUUCGAUAUAAUGAGCCUGAUGGUAAAUCUCCCGAGGAGCCAGAUGCAGUACAAGAAUCGUUGAAGGAAUAUGAUACAGGCAAAUCAUAUGGAUCCUUUCGAUAUAAUGAGCCGGAUGGAAAACUCCCCGAAAAGCCCGAUUCAGUUCGAGAGAGUUUGAAAGAUUAUGAUGCGGAUACUUCUUAUGGAUCGUUUCGUUAUAAUGAGCCCGACGGAAAGUUUCCUGAGAGCCCUGAUCAGACACGCGAAGCAUUGAAGGAGUAUGAUCAGAAGCAAGCAAAAAUCACCCAACAUCCUGGCUCCGAAAAAUAUGUAGAAACAAAAACUUCCCUACCCUCAAAAUUCUCGCGCAAAUACCCGGAGCCAGAUACGAGAGAAGAUCUUGACCUGCUUCGAGCAAGUGACAUACGCGCUGCUUCGGGUAUAAUCAAGAGUACAAAGAAAGAAACACUUCAAGAGAAGUCCACUAAGAGAGAGCAACUGGAAAAGGCUUUUGAGGAAGCGCAUCAAAAUGUAAUUAAAUAUGCUCAAGACAUUGCCUUGGAGCAGAAAUUGAAAGGACAGACAGAAAACAAGACACAGGAAACUCCCGGCCCCUCUGCCCUCAAGGCCGUGGAAGGUUUAGAGACCCUUAAUCAAAAAGAUCAUAAGAAUGCAGGACAAGUCGAGAAACGAAAAGUCACAGGAAACUUUGUUCGGGAUUUUCCAGAAGAAUUUGAGAAAUCUUGGUCGCAACAAAAAGAUGGCACAGGAGAAUUGGUGCCAACAGUGUCUAAAGAUGCUUGGGGUUAUGACAAGUCACCCAAGGGACUAGAGCUUUCCUAUUCAACGGAGGUCAAGCAAUCUGUUCAGAAGGCCGAGAAGGAAUAUAUUGAAGGUCUUGGCUCGAAAGAAGCAUUUUCUCGAAACCCAAACACACCAAGACUUCAAACAUCCUUGGAUCGAUCUGCGACAAAGUCGAAAUCUCUUCAGCCCAAUUUGCCCAAAGCAAUAGCAGAAACUGAUCCGUACUCGAAGGUACCUCAAGGUUUAGAGACGUCAUAUAAAGAGGAAUGCGCAAACCAAGGCGAAGGAGAUUUAUCGGUUUAUGUUUCAUCUUAUGGAAAGCCCAGAAAGCAAUCUGGCAAAGACAAAGACCUAGUUCGCGAAAUCCGAGGAAUCUAUGAAGAUGCUUAUGGGAAGAUUGGCUCCAAACAUCGUCAAGUACCUACAAAUGAUGCACCAGCUGCAAGUUCACCCGGUGAAAAGCCUGCAUGGGGCCCUGAGCCAACCACUUAUAAGGUUUUGGCUUAUGACUCGACAAUGCAGUCUAUCAAUAUCGCUGAAACAACAUCUAUUGUGACUGAUACAGCAUCAGCUUUGACUCCUGCAGAGGUUCUCCUUCGAUUGUCUAACCCCGCGAAGUUCUUUCCACACUUCCAACCAUUGCAGGCUGAGGGUUAUGAAAUUGUAUCUGGAAGUGGUGAUGUUCUUGUAUUCCGCAAAGUACGACCAGCAAGACGCUCGUCCUCGCAGGCUGAUCUGAAGAAUAAUACAACAAAUCCGAUAGAUGGUAUGCAGGUGGCAACGGCGCGAUUUGCCAGUCCUACAGGUUUCGUGAAUCAUGAUUUGCCAGAAUCAGCAGAACCACCGUUCAAAUCAAACAUUGACGUUCGACGCGAGGAACCGGUAUUCAGCGGCAAAUCUUCCUGGAAAGAUCACUCGGAAAUUAAGAGUAAGAAGCCUGGCAAGGCAAAGAGAGUAUUAUUAGGCGGUGCCAUUGUAGGCAGUGGAUGCUAUGCGAUUGGCGUGGUAACAGAGUUCUUCAGAACUGGAGGCCUGGAUGGAAAGGGACCGCAGGGAUUUUGA